UCACACUUCCUCCAUGUCCGGGCUGUGAAGGUGUUCACUCACUUAUUUGAAGGUAUACUGGCAUUUGACGGAGUAUCAACAGCCUUUUAAAUCGCACAAUGUUAUUACAAGUGCUGUGAAGUGUCUCAAGUGUCAGUCGGAGUGCAGUUUUCGUGAAGAACAAGAUGUUUGGCUGUACAUGGAAAAUUUCUGGGUUGGACACGCAAAGCAGCAGCGAUACUGCUCUAACAGGGCCAUCACCCGGGAGGCGCUGCGGCGGGAGGUUCGUCGUUUCUUCCUGGACGUCACUCCUGCCAAUGCUUCUCUCACCAUCCCCGAAGACGCCUCCCUCUCAGAGAUGUUUCGUACAGUCUACGGCUCCUCCGCGUCACCAGCUCGCUUCAUCAAGGCUGUGAAUGACAUCGCGUGGAGUAACGCCAUGACGGAGGCGGGGAGUCAGACAAAGUUCCAGGCUGCGUACCACAUGGACGGGGAGCGCCUGGUGGAGGGCCACACGCUCCUGCAGGGCCGCUACCAGCAGCUCAUCAGGACCAUCACUGUGGACAGGACCUACGACUUCUCCAGGGAAUUGCUUGGCACAUCCCUCAAUGGCAUCCAGGACUUUUAUUCCCAGUCGACGUGGAUUGAACUAGGACGAAAUUCCAUACUGGAGGGUUUGGGGUUGCCUGGAGCUGACAUCGGGGAGGUGGCUGGGCCCGGCGACGCCACUUGCACCGACUGUGCCUCCGCCUCGGGUGCAUGCACUGGCAAUGUCAUUCCGACGGGCCGGCUGAGCAGCGGCUACUAUGAGUACACUGCUGUGGGAGCUGAUGACUUCAUUGUGCCAAAACCUGAUGGUGCUGGAAAAUGUAGUCACGGCGGACCACAAGAUGCAUCAGCAGCAAAGGCAGCUGUAGGGGGGAUAAACAAGGAGUCCACCUCCCCAUGCUUCUCACCCCACCACCACCUCCACCAGCAGGCUGUGGACCUCGCAAUUUCAGCCAGUGAGCACUAUAUUGGAGUGUUGCGAGAUGCCAUCGGGACUGACCACUUCACCAAUUUGUUGAACCUAUACCAAGGCUCAGCCCUUUCCAUUGUGAUCGACACAACAGGAUCCAUGCAAGAUGAAAUAGACACAGUGAAAGAGGAAGCAAAGCUCAUAGUACAAAAAUCUCAUCCAGAACUUUAUAUUUUUGUACCAUAUGGGGAUCCAGAAUAUGGGCCAGUCACAAAAACCUCUGAUGCCGAGGAGUUCCUUGCUGUGCUGGACACUGUUAAAGCCAGUGGUGGAUGCUGCUGCAUGCAGGAGAAGUUCUGGCAUGGUCUUCAGCUGUCACUCAUCAACACUCCUGACUACUCUACCAUCUUCUGCUUCACUGAUGCAGGAGCUAAUGAUGCCGAGCUGAUGGAUGGUGUGUUGGCUCUUGUGACAGCUAAGCACUGCAAGGUGAAUAUAAUCUACAGUUACAACAACAGACAAGACAGCUGCCCUGACUAUGUUACCUCCGGCACAGAAGAGCUCAAGUAUCUUGCUACCAUCUCUGGUGGUCUCUUUAUCGAACUUGAAGAGUUUGAUGCUGGUGACAUUGAUGGAAUUAUGCAGGAGGGUGUGGAUGAAAAUAAGGCAGGGCUUGUCAAAAGAGAUAAUGUGAAGGCACACCAUGAAUUCAGCUUCCCUGUUGAUGACUCCAUCAGUGAUUUUGACUUUGUCAUAUUUGGUGCCAUCACAAAAGCCAGUGUUACUGAUUCUGUAGGAACUUACAUUGAUCUUAUGGAUAAGGACACCCUGGCUGUCACUGAUGGAGUGGAGAUCAUCUCGCACACAUCAAAGCUCAAGGCAAUCAAGUUUACAAAACCAAUUCUUGGUGAUUGGUUCUUUGAGGCAGACGGGCCUGAGUACAGUGUAUCAGUGAGUGCGUCCUCCACACUUGGCCUCCUGUCUGAGUUUGCUGAGCUGGACCUCACUCCUCCAAGACCCGGCUAUGUGGUGGUGCGUGGCCAGCCCUUGUCAAAUAUGAAGUAUUAUGUGGAAGUGACUCUCUUUGGCUACCUGGAAAGUCAUGUUAACAGCGUAACAUCAAUGAAGUUUAUCGACACAGCUGGUAAUGAGCUUUCCAGUGUUCCCUAUAAUGGAAUAGUGGAUGAGCAUUUCUUCAUCUUGUCUGAGGAUCUUCCUGUUGGUUCCUUCUACAUCCAGAUUGAAGGCUUCCUUGAAUCAGGAAGUCCCUUCAUUCGCCUGUAUUCCACCAUGGCACAGCCAGUGGAGUGCCUCAUUGAGCUUGUAGUGGCAGACUCUGUGCUGUCCACCACUCCAGGCCAUUCUACAAAGGCCACUUUUAGAGUACACAAUUAUGGACCUAAAGCAGAAUUCCAGUAUGCUGCCAUUGAUGAAGAAAAGUUCAUUCAUGACUGGAGCCCUCACAAAUCAACUAUUUCCUCCAUGGGUUUUGUUGAUGUGGAAGUAGAGUUCAAGGUGCCAUCAUCAGCCUCACCAGGCACCACCAGCACCAUCACCUUCACAGCUAGCUCCCUCCUCACUGAGCACAACAUCAAUACCUACAUCACAUACUACAUUGUUCUUGAUGAGCAUGAGGAUGAUGUGCCUCCAACCUGUGUGAGCACUGAUGUUCCUGAUUGUGCUGGCUAUGACUCUGAAGAUCUGUGCUCUGCGAAGUCUUGGCUUGUGGAGGCAACAUUGCAAGAUGAUGAUUCUGGACUUCUCCAGAUAUACUCUCAGCCUGAUGGGGAUCUGACUUUGGAUGGGUUCUCAACGGGUACCACACAUCCAGUGACGGCCACCUUCAAUGGCAGCUGCUGCCUCCGAGCCAUGAAUAUUGUGGGCGUUGAUGUGAGAGGAAAUCUUGGCUACUGUCGCUAUGAUCUUGGACCCCUAAAAGGUUCAGUAGUGGAGAUUGUGGCGGAGGCUGUAGGAGAGAGCUGGGUGUACCUCAGGUGGAACAUCAGUGAUGUUCGGGAUGACCUAGACAGAUAUUCCAUCCUGAUUGAUGAAGAUUAUUCUGACACUUCUCGCUGUCCAAAUCUUGUAUGCUACAAGAAUGUGACAUACCUGGAGUCUUGUAUGCUGCACACUUUCACCCUCACAGCUCACUACAAGAGUGUUGAUGGUGUGGUGACAACUGGAGCCCCAAAGAAGACAGAUGCCACUACAUCAGGCCCAGCUCCUCUACCACCCACCAAUCCCUCCAUUGACUACACUAGUGACACCACAACCAGCCUCUCUUGGACACCUCCAAGUAAUCGUGCUUGCCUCGACCACUACCAGGUAUGCUUCAAGAUGUAUGGGACAACAUUGAAUAUGUGUAAGAGUAGUAGUAAUAGCAGCAUAGUUCUGGAUGGACUGGAGCCAUGUGCCAUCUACCACAUUAACAUCACUUCUGUCUCUGUUUCUGGUCAACUCAGUGAGGAUUCCCUUCUCUUUGACACCAACACAGAUGAUGCAGCACCUGGUGCACCCAGAAACCUGAGAGUGAACAAUCAAACAGAGUACAUGGUUUCCUUGGCUUGGGAUAACCCGCGUGACCGAGCCAGCUGUGUGGACAAAUGGAGAAUUUCAUACCUUAAACACGAAGUCAAAUACCAGGAGGUGAAGCUUGUGGCUGACAAUUUUGCAACAGUCUCUGAUCUUGAGGCCUGCUCUGAGUACACCUUCUUUGUAUCUGCUGUUUCUCCAGGAGGAUUUCAAGGUGGUACAAAGACUACAAAAGCUAUGAUGGAGGAAAUAGAGCCAACAGCAGUGACAUCGGUGAAGGCCACAGCACUGAAUGCCAGCAGUGUGGAGGUGGUUUGGGUUCCUGCAAUCAAGGAGGAAUGUGUCCACCACUACCUUGUUUGUGUCACUCACCUCACCAGCUUAGUGCAGGAGUGUCACAAUGAUACAGAUCUCCAACGGACCUUCACAGGCCUAGAGGCAUGUGUGGAUUAUGAAGUGACAGUGACUCCAGUGUCUCCCUCGAGUGUUCUUGGCAGCCUUACCUAUGAUAUCGCCAGAACUGUUGACUUUCGUCCCAGUCCCCCCACCAGUCUUCAGGUGACAGACAUCACUUCCAGUACAGCACAUAUUACAUUUAGUCCACCAUUAGAACAUCCACUUUGUGUUGUAGAGUAUGACUUUGAGGUGCAGGAAAUGAAAAGUAUAAAAUCCAUUAAGGUUAUUUCUCCCAGUGUUUAUCUGCAGGAGACAUUGUCAGGUUUGAAUGCCUGCACUGACCACGAAGUUCGGAUCUCUGCUGUUACUCCCUCUGGACUUGAAAGCGAAAAGGCAAAUGUUAACUUCACAACAAGUGAGGACACUCCUUCAGCUCCUCGAGCCCUCACCCACAUCACAGUCACUGUGGACCAGAUUGAGCUGCAUUGGUUUGCACCUCUGACCAAUCGCCUGUGUGUUGAUAUGUACAAAGUGUCUUGGACCAGCGGCAGUGACAGUGGCAACACAGACUACACCCCUUCAGGUUACCCACCAGAGGUGAAGAUGACAGUGAGUGGACUGGAAACCUGCACAUCAUACACAUUCACUGUUGUACCAGUGACACCUUUGGGAGAUGAGGGAUCCUCUGUCACAUACACUGUCUCUACCAGCUGUUAGGAGUUGGGAAAAUUGGACUCUGACUGACCCAGGAACUAAAGUCUAAGUUGAACUGCCUUUUUUAUUUUGUUUUCUGUUGACAUUAUAAAAAAUCUAAUUCCAACUAAAAAUUUUAUUUUAGUUGCAGUUUAAAAUGAUACCAAGCAGAAGUUGAUCACGGUUUAUAGUGAUUUUGUGAAAAAUUUUGAAGUGUAAAAAAACACUUCAAGAUAUUCACUCCUAAAGAUUUUUCAUAAUUUCAUCUUUGUUUUGCUAUUUGUAUUCAUCUGAUUGACAUGAAAUUUUCACACAUGAAUGUGUAUACAAUAGUGACUUCCUGGACCAUGAUAAGAUGAUAGCGCAUCAGAUUCCUGCUUCUCUAGAUAAUGUUAUUGACUCAUACAUGAGAGUUGGGAAGGCGCCAUCAGUAGUGUCAUGGUAAUCUGUUGUUUUACUACUGAACUGGACACUCUGAGUCAUUAUUAGUGUGUUGAAGUGAGAUGGUGAUAAGUGAAAUAUUUAUUACUCAUCUAGUCCAGUUUUAUACCUCUGUCUCAACAUAUCUUUCGUGAUAAUGUUAUUGUGAGAGUUAUGUGAUGUGUAGUUGUGAUGAUGAAGGUUGUGAGAAAAAUUGUUUGAAAAGAUAGUAGUAGUCUUAUGAUACAGAGCAGUGUUAUUUACUAAUUUUUGCAAGGGAGCCACUUCGGUAAAACAAAUUCAUUGAGAGGGCUGCAGUCUCGAAUAUCUGUUGCCUAUUUUCAAACAUACAAUAGCAAAUCUCCAAGAGUAACGAAAGCUUGAACUCAACUGAUUCAGCAAGACCACCGACACCGAGGGCUAGACGUCUCAUCAGUUUCCCGCAGUGGACAUGUACAAUUUCUGUACGAUUAGGAUAGGGAUGUUAGAAUAUUAUCUCUUACUGUGACUUCGUCUUCCAUCUCACCUCAUGAAAAUAUGUAUCUUACUUGAAAAAUUAUUAUUUUACUAUUUAUUUUUGUUUUUUAUUCAUUUAUUCAUUUUUCGAGAGCCACAAAUUGAGUCAUCACGAGCCACCAGGGGCUUGCAAGCUGCACAAUGAAUACCGCUGAUAUAGAGAGAUGGUUUAGAAGUGUGCAGUGAGGCAUGGAGUGAAGGGAGUGUCUUGGAGGGGGAGAUAACACAGGUGAUGGAGGGGAGAGGGGAGGCAAGGAUUCAAGGUCCAGCAGUUUCCCAAUGAUAUCUUUGUUUGUUUGUUUCUUUUGCCUUCUUUUCUUGAAGUUUCUGAUUUUAAUCCACGUCAAUUUAUGCUUGUAAGGACGUUAUUUCUGAUGCCUAGCCACAUACUGUGUAGGGCAUGAGUCAGGCUAUGACACAAAUGCACAAGACAUUUAAAAAUGGGUUCCUGGUGGGAAGGGUAUUUAAUUAUAAAAAAAUAAUGUUUCAGAGAGACAAAUGUAAUCUCAAUUUUAAAUCCCCCCCAAAAGUAGAUAAAUAAAUCCUGCACCAAGUUGGAAUUUUUUUUUCAGUCUUGGUGGGGCGGGGGGAAUUCAUGUAAGUCGGACAUUCACAUUUGUCGGAUGUACCUUUCCCCCUAGGAGUCCGAGUUAGCGAGGGUCAAGAGUAUUAACAAUUUUUUUUGUAUUUAGGAUGAAAUUGCAUGUAUGAAACUAAUGACAUAUAUGCAUUGAGCUGUACUGUCUGUAACAAAUGCAUGCUUGAUAAUUAAGAAAAAUCUUGUUGAUCCCAAUAAGACAAAGAAUUGUUUUUUUACAUUUUACUUUGGAAAGUUUUCCUGGCAAAAGAUAAAUGACUUUUUUUUAACCCGUACAGCAUUUUGGUAUUUUGUCAUUUUCUUCCCACCCCAGCUUUGUAAGAUUUAAAGAUUUCUUUUUUGCAUAAAUCUGCCUAAAACAAUGAAAAUUAAGAAAAGUAAUGUCAGUGCUUUGGGAUUUCUAUUGAGUUGGAAAGUAAAAUGGUCUUGAUCUUCUCUUGUCAUAUUUAGCACAAAUUUAUGUAUGUUUCUAGAGAGUAAAUCAUUUUGAGCUUUUUGAUAGUUCAUCUCAAUGUACUGUUCAGUUGCCCACAUGAGUGUUCGUUCACACAAUUAGUUUAUAAAUGGUUUAUAAUUGUUGACUUCAUGAUAUGUUUUUCGCAUUAUUACAAACAAUAUAUGAUGCUUUUGUUUCACAUUGUCGUCAUGAAUCUAUUAUUUACAAAUAAUAUUUGUUUUUUACCUGUA